AUGGAUGUGAGCCGCGACUGCCGUUUUCUGUGCUGCAGCCUGAUCAGCUCAAAACCCGGCGAUGCACUGUAUGGACACGCUUCAGAGACAGCCGUAACGUGCGACGAUGGUGGCGCUGAGGCCGGCAUGUCUGCCCUGCAGUAUGCUAGGAGCUGUGGCUUCAGCCAAGACUUCCUCCUCGAAGAUCCUCUCGACAUCUUCUGUGCGACAAAUCCACUGCCGCCGCUGCCAAUGGCGCAACCCGCAUCCGCUGGAGAUCUUCCUGAAAAGAGCGACGUGUCCACGGCGUUUGGUGUAGCUAUAAACAGCGAUGAAACCUUCCGAGAACGCAUCAUGUGCGCCAAAGAAGGUGCUCUUUUCCUGCAAAAGAUUGUAGUGCCCGAAGAUGACGGUGCGCAUGCGCUCCAAUUUGAGGAUGCGAUAGAACAAGACCGGUCGAGGCUGCGCGCGGUGAAAACGGAGCUGCCUUUGCUGACUACCGAUCACGAGAUGGAUAUGACGUGGUUUUGUGGCCGGUCUACCAGAUUAGCUGACCUGCGCGACGUCCAUUUACCUAUGGAGGAUGUAAAUGUUCAGGACGAUGAAGGCUUAGCGUGGCCACUCAAGUAUAGACAGCUACCGCAGGAGACCUUUCGGAUCAUCGAGCGCGCACGUUUAGAGUGCCCGCGGGACACGCUAAAAUACAUACAGGAUCUGGUAGCUGACCCGAAUAUCAAUGAGGACUUGGAGAAUUUUGACAUUUGGUGCCAGCCAUAUGUUGAUCGAGCGACGAUGGAAUUGGUGUCGCCACCUUUGCUACCAAUCUUGAGCCCUUCCCCAGCCCCGUUCAAUUCCUUCUUGGACACUGACCAUUUACAAUUCGUUUCGGAUGGCUCAGACUUUCUCGCUGCGGACAUUGAAGCCCUCGAUAGAGAGCUCUUCGCUCAUGACCAGAUCGUAGCUGCUAAUUCUAGAUCCUCUGAGCAUUUGAAUUUGCAGCAUGCCGAGCACCUCGCACAAAUUUAUACCCCGUUGCAAUCGGAUAUUUUCUCCGACGAUGGAGCGCAACUAAGACAAAAUUGUAAGCGAGAUGAGUUGAUGCUCGAACCACCAAUCAUCCUCUCAGCUUGCAGCUCUUGUAGCUCAAAUACAAGAGAAAGGGCCGACUUACUCGUUAAACAGAUAGAGCCCGUUAUUUCCAACUCGCCACCGUCACGUCUCAUGCAGAGCAUCAGCCCGGAAUUGGAUGCUUCGUUUGAGAUGUUGCGCGAUGAGUUUGUAGCUACCGUUGCGUAUGAAGCUGUACAAGCCGCUGAAAACGAGCAGCUCUUGGCAGCAGACUGUCUGCAGCGCGUUGAGGUACCUACGAUGGAUUUCAAACUGCCUACUCCUCCAUGGAAGGUGAAGAGAUUGUCUUAUUGUUGGGAGAAAUCAAAUAUGGCUGUACUUGAAGAAUAUGCGGAAAUUAUUUCCAUGCUCAAAGUCGAUACAGCUACAGAGCCAAACCUAACAAGUUGGAAGCUGGAUAGAGCUAUCGAGCGCCAAUUGCAGCCUUUUCCAUUUCUAUCCAAAUCCGUAGAUGUGCCCGAGGAACGAGGAAUCGAUGAUCUUAGGUAUUUGAGUGUCGUCAUGAGCGACAUGAGCCUGGAAGAUGUCGUUACAAGUGACGCCCUGGUUUGGAAGCCGGAUGGCCUGCGCGUUUUGCGCUGUGCGGAGUACGAGUAUGAAGAAGACGAGCUCGAAGCGGCGGGACUUGAUUUGAGCGAGGAGGCAGUUGUUGACCUUGACAGUCUCUUACGAAAGCGGCAACAUGAUUUUGGUCUUGCAAGUAACUGCCACGACCAAGUUGGAAUCGAAAUGGAUUGCGCUUUGAAGUCUACGUUAUUCUCGUCAAAGGGAUCGACUCAAAUGACCCUCGCGGCUGAAACGGACGUCCAUUUCUUUGAGGAUAAUUUCACCACACGUGGACGUCUCCGGAAUUUCAUGAUGAACAUGGGCCACCAGAGCAAGAGAAGGAGAAUUGGCGAUAGCCAGAAUCAAGCCCUGUUGAAAUCUCCAGCAGGACCGACUGAUCGCACAGACAUAACGACCGCCCAUGCUCCUGUGCCUGCUGCAGCGCAAGAGCGCAGCGAGAUGAGUGAACCCUUUAGUUUGCCGCCCUUGCCUUCUAAUCCGGCUCCAAGAUCUGUUAUUCUCUCUCUCAACAUUAUUCAAAUGCAUCGUAGACUUCUUCGUACCUUGUUUCAGGACUUGUGUCCGAACAUCGGUUACAUUGAACGCGACUUUAGCUUGCUUCAAGAUGCUUCAGAAGCAGAUAUAUUACUUUCUCCAGGAGCUGGGCUUGUCAUGACAACUCUGCAGAAGAUCAAGCAGAAGCCUUUACCGGGUCAGGACGGACAGCUUUCGGGGAUCAUGGACCGUAUCGCAAGGCUCACAUGCAGAUACGAAAUCUUGAUCGUGCUAGUGAGCGAAGCAAUUACGCCUGAUACUGAAAUGGAUCAGCGCGACUGUGAAGCCAUCGCGGAGUUUGCCGCUUUCUGCUCAACAUGUCAAGCUGAGGUGCAGAUUUUCUAUGUUCCUGCAGGAUAUGACAAUCUGGCCGCGUGGCUCGCCACAAGCCUUUGUGAAUAUAGCAGCAUUGGCCAGAGACUUCAAUUAUUGCAGGAGGAAACAUUAUGGGAGCAAGUUCUUCGCCGAACGGGGUUAAAUGCUUUCGCUGCACAGACUGUGCUUGCAUCACUCAAAGCUGACAGCGUCUCAUCGAGCUCAGGACCGUUCUACAGUGCGAGAAGGCCAGCUGGGAGAAAUAAUUUUGGACUUGGCGCUUUUGUACGCAUGGAGCCUGAGGAGAGGAUGGUUCUGUUUGAGAGGGCACUCUGCGGGAGGUCGGUGCUGCAACGAGUGAAUCAAACUCUGGAGCAGUCGUGGCCAAGCGCUAGGACUGGUUUUCGUUAG